CGCGAACCGCCGAGCGCCAAGUUCUGGGUUCCGGACUCGCGCGGCAGGUAUCACGUGGCGGGCACACAGUCGGGCGCGGGUCGGCAGGUCUCGGACUCUGGCCGCGGCGGCAGCGCGGGGCCUCGGGGUCGCUGGGCUGGUGUGCGGGACCCUGUUCCGGUCGGUGGGCAGCUUCAGGUACCAGGACCUUGGUGUCCCCGGCGCUCUCGGAGUGUGCGCUCUCUUUGUGGUGUGCGCCUUGUCGCCGCGCUUCCCUCGCAGCUCUGAGAAGCCGGAAAAGGCAAAUUGAAACCAGUGCAGUGAUGACUCAAGUCAACCUGGCUCACAAGGAUGCUGCCCUGUGGUCGUCGCAUGAUAAAAUGCUGCUACAGCCCCUGAAAGACGGUGACACCGAGGUUUACAACAUCAUCAAGAAGGAGAGUAACCGGCAGAGGGUCGGGCUGGAGCUGAUCGCGUCAGAGAAUUUCGCCAGCCGAGCAGUUUUGGAGGCCCUGGGCUCUUGCUUAAAUAACAAGUACUCCGAGGGGUACCCAGGCCAGAGGUAUUAUGGCGGGACCGAGUUCAUCGACGAGCUGGAGAUCCUCUGUCAGAAGCGAGCGCUGCAGGUCUAUGGUCUGGACCCCCAGUGCUGGGGGGUCAAUGUCCAGCCCUACUCAGGCUCCCCCGCCAACUUCGCGGUGUACACUGCCCUGGUGGAGCCCCACGGGCGCAUCAUGGGCCUGGACCUGCCCGAUGGCGGCCACCUGACCCACGGGUUCAUGACAGACAAGAAGAAAAUCUCUGCCACAUCCAUCUUUUUUGAAUCUAUGCCCUAUAAGGUGAACCCGGACACCGGCUACAUCAACUAUGACCAACUGGAGGAAAAUGCCCGCCUCUUCCACCCGAAGCUGAUUAUCGCAGGAACCAGCUGCUACUCCCGAAACCUGGACUACGCUCGGCUGAGGAAGAUCGCGGACGACAACGGGGCGUAUCUCAUGGCCGACAUGGCGCACAUCAGCGGGCUGGUGGCGGCUGGCGUGGUGCCCUCCCCCUUUGAGCACUGCCACGUGGUGUCCACCACCACCCACAAAACCCUGAGAGGCUGCCGAGCCGGCAUGAUCUUCUACAGGAGAGGAGUGCGCAGCGUGGAUCCCAAGACGGGCAAAGAGACUCUGUACAACCUGGAGUCGCUUAUCAACUCGGCCGUGUUCCCAGGCCUGCAGGGCGGUCCCCACAACCACGCCAUUGCUGGGGUCGCUGUGGCCCUGAAGCAAGCGAUGACUCCGGAAUUCAGACUUUACCAGCGCCAGGUGGUGGCCAACUGCCGGGUUCUGGCUGAGACCCUGAUGGAGCUGGGCUACAAAGUGGUGACAGGUGGUUCUGACAACCAUUUGAUCCUCGUGGAUCUCCGUUCCAAGGGCACGGACGGGGGAAGGGCUGAGAAGGUUCUAGAAGCCUGUUCUAUUGCCUGUAAUAAGAACACCUGUCCAGGUGACAAAAGCGCACUGCGGCCCAGCGGACUGCGUCUGGGGACUCCAGCCCUGACAUCCCGAGGACUUUUGGAAAAAGAGUUCCAGAAAGUAGCCCAGUUUAUUCACAGAGGGAUAGAACUGACUCUGCAGAUUCAGAACGAUGUUGGGGCCAGGGCCACCCUGAAGGAGUUCAGAGAGAAACUGGCAGGGGACGAGAAGCACCAAAGGGCCGUCGGGGCUCUCAGGGAGGAGGUGGAGAGCUUCGCGUCUCUCUUCCCUCUGCCCGGCCUGCCUGACUUCUAGAGGAACCCGCACCUGCCCAGGAACCACUUGCUCGAGGACCCAGUGCCCUUCUGAGAAGAGACGAAGAGCGGCCCCACGCAGGACCCGGCUGCGUCAACAUCUCCGUGCCCUCUGAGGGGGUUUCUUUUGGGACUUUGUUCAAAUUACCUCCUUCACGAAUCAAAAUUUGUUUUUAAGACCCUCCGUUAGUAAUUUAGUAAUUCUGGGACAAGUUAUCAGGGGGUUCACAUGUGACCCUUUCUCUCAGCUGUAUAAACAGUUCUUCUGGAAAAAUGAAAUACUUAGACUGGGUUCAGGGCAGACGACUGGAAAGACCCCGGUAGGUGUACUCGCCCUUCUCUGAGUUCCUGGGCUUCCCCCACACUCUGAGAUCGACGACCACCCGAGUUCGGAACUGCCACCAGCUGCCCCUUCUUAAUACCUUGUUACGCGGAGGGCUGCCAAAGGAGGACUGACUUAGGGCUGUCACAACUGAGGAGGGAAAUUCUGAAGCUUCUGGUGAGUUCUAUACAAGGUGCCGUGGGCUUUGUCCACAGCAGCUCAGGACAUCAUGGGAAUGAUCUCCUUCACCCCCCCCCCAUCCCUGGGGAGUGUCAGGUGCCAUCAGGGGUGAGAACCAGUUGGGGGGGGGGGGGUCCUGCCCUGUGCCAGAUAACCAACUCCCUCCUGUAAUCAGGAAACCAAAUGUCACCUUCCCAGAGAAACUUUAUUUUUCACAAAGCUGAAGUGCGAAACAUAGAUGACUGUUUUUAAUAAUAAGCACAAAUUUUUAACCACAGAAUGUCUACAAGAAUUAUAGCUUUAAAAAAUACAACCAAUUUUUAUAUUUCAAAAAUAUCUGAACUCAAAUAAAUUAAUUUCUUAAA